AUCAAAACAAUCAAUAUGGCGGACCCAAGCAACGAAGCUGCAUCAUCGAGUAGCGUUACGGAGCAAGCCCCGACGGCCACUCCAAUUCGCGAUGAUCUCGAGAAAAUCGAAGAUUUCCUCGAACCAGACAAAAAGCGUCGUAAAGCGUCGCGGAACGAUGGGAAAACCGAGCAAAAGUUGGAGCAUCGUCUGGGCGGCAUCCUCUGUUGCGCAGUUUGCCUCGAUCUGCCCAAGGCAGCCGUCUACCAGUGUACAAAUGGACACUUGAUGUGUGCCGGUUGCUUCACUCAUGUCCUCGCAGAUGCCAGGCUGAGAGAUGAAAUGGCAACAUGUCCCAACUGCAGAAUCGAGAUCAGCAGAACAUCUCCGUCUCGAAAUCUGGCAGUUGAGAAAGCUGUGUCUGAGUUACCAGCAGAAUGUCAGUAUUGCGCCAAGGAGUUUCCACGAAACUCGUUGGAACGCCAUGAAGAGACAAUGUGCGAAGAAAGGAUAUCCAGCUGCAAGUACAGUAGAAUCGGAUGUCCUUGGCGUGGACCGAAUCAUGAACGUCCAGAGCAUGAAGCACAAUGCGUUCAUCCGCAUCGGUCAGGGCUGGACGUUAUGGAUGCGCUACGUGAUAUCGACGCUCGUACUCUCGAGGAACGUAGGCUGUAUGACAAUGUCUUUGAUCUUUUGUCCUACGAGAAAAUCACAUUCAACGAUUUACAAAUGAAGCCGUAUCGUACGGACGAGUUCGUUCAUAAACUUUUUUAUGAAACCUCUCGUUUUACGGCGUUUAAUAAUCAAUGGGUCGUAAAAGCUCGGAUCAACAAUAGUCAGCGUGAUCCUACUCAAAGCUCGGAAAGAGACAUGACCUAUCAACUGAUAUUGAAAACAAAAACAACGUAUCCAAUGCCGCUUCACUAUCUGAUAUUGAAAGGACCGUUUGGAGACAUGAAAGUACAACCAAGAAUUCACAGAUUCGAAUUCACCGACCAAGAAAACGAAAGUCCUUAUUUACCUUUACCUUUACCUGACACAGCAGAGUGCAAUAGACUUCUUGCUGCGAGAGCUAUUAGUUUCAGACUUAUAAUGUUCCUGGCAUCAAAGUAGUUUCCCGCAGUGAUUGUCGUUGUGAAGAUUUAUGGCAAAUGAUUUAUUGACACAACAUUUUUAGAUUUAACAGCGAUACGAGAUCACAGAGAUUUAUAAUCAAUGAUAGUAGCGAUAAUCGUAACGAUAAUAAAAUUGAAGAUGCUAAUUCUGCCGUAGUCUAUACACGCAUAUACACUGGAAAUGUACACUGUGUUAAUACGAGGAACUAGCGAGGCACAAAUUUAUAGCAAAGUAACAUGCAGAUUACUCGAAGGAGAAAAAAUACUUUGGGUUCCAUUCAAAAUUUGUUUGUACAUUGUGCUGUUCCUUCGAGCCAAGAAGACACACGCAAGCUUUAUGUAGAUCGCUGUCGUCAAACAGGUGUAUUAAAUUGUGUCCUUCGAUAGUAGUUUGCGCUAACAAAAAGAUUACAUUUUUCAUGUAGCUGUGCAAUCAGUCGGAUAUCUAUUUAAUCCACAUGCCUGUCGACCAAUGCCUAUUGUAGACUCUUUUUGUUUGUAUACAAAUUAUUAACGUCGUUCAUGUAAUGUCUUGACUCGACACAUUGUAAUAGAAGAAAUUUAAAU